AUGGGUUCGGAUUCUCGUUUCACUGAAUUCCCUGGUUCUAACAAAUUUGAGGAUAAGUUCGUGUUUUCGGAUUCGAAUCAGCAUCAAAAUGUUACCAAUGGAUUCAAGCUUGAAGAUUUAGAUUUCGACUUAGUAGAAAAUCCACUUGUUUUGCCUGACCCGGAUCCGGGUAACUCUGCUUUGUCUUCGAUCAUGAGCAUCGAUGGAGACUCUCCCUCUGAUGAUAAUGACUCGGAGAAUCUCCUCAAGUACAUAAGCCAGAUGCUUAUGGAAGAGGACAUGGAAGAGAAGCCCUGUAUGUUUCAUGACCCGUUGGCUCUUCAAGCUGCUGAGAGAUCACUGUAUGAUAUUCUUGGUGAGAAGAACCUGCCCUCCUCACCCCAUGAAUCUCCUUCUUAUGGUGACCAAUUUUUGGUUGAUAGCCCGGAUGAUAGUUUUUGGAGUAGCCGCAGUGAUUAUAGUAGCAAUAGCAGUUCUACUUCUAAUGCUGCCAGUUCGGUUGAUCCUCAAUGGAAUGGUGAAUCUGGGGAAUUCAAACCAUCAUUUAUGCAAAGGCCUCUUUCUACUAAUUUUGUUUUCCAGUCUGCUGCAAAAUCCAGUUCACAAUCAUCUUUCAAACUACACAAUGGGUUAGCAAGUAAUGGUGAUAGUGCCAUGAAGCCCUCUGUGGGCAACAUUGUGGUACCAAAUAUUUUCACUGACAGUGAUUUGGCAUUACAGUUCAAGAGAGGUGUAGAGGAAGCCAGCAAGUUUCUUCCUAAGGGAAAUCCACUGGUCAUUGAUUUGGAGACCAGUUCUUUGGCUCCAGAGAUGAACAGAAAUGCCCCUAAGGUGGCAGUGAAGGCUGAGAAGGAAGACAGGGAGUAUUUGACUGAAUGGUUGACAGGAAAGAAGAACCAUGAGCGGGAGGAUGGAGAUUUUGAGGAAGAAAGAAGUAACAAGCAGUCUGCAGUUUACGUAGAUGAGGGCGAACUGUCAGAGAUGUUUGAUAUGUUAGUAGGAGUGGGGGAUGGAUGCCGGCCUCCUGAGUGUAUACUUGAUCAGACUGAACAGUGCGAGCCAAGCAAAACAUUGCGGCAGAAUGGGCAAACAAAGGGAUCUAAUGGUAGCAAGGCUCGCGCUACGAGACAAGGAAAUAACAAGGAAGUUGUUGAUUUGAGGACUCUUCUAAUUCAAUGUGCACAAGCAGUCUCCGUGAAUGAUUGCAGAAUUGCUAAUGAGCUGCUGAAGCAGAUCAGGCAGCACUCUUCACCUCUAGGUGAUGGGUCUCAGAGGUUGGCUCAUUGGUUUGCUAAUGGCCUUGAAGCACGUUUGGCUGGAACUGGUACCCAGAUAUACACGGCUCUGUCUGCCAAAGAAACAUCAGCUGUGGAUGUGUUGAAAGCUUAUCAAGCUUACAUUUCAGCUUGCCCAUUUAAGAAGAUGGCUAUUAUCUUUGCAAACCAUAAUAUUCUGAACGUGGCCGAGAAGGCAAAGACACUUCAUAUAAUAGAUUUUGGGAUAUUGUAUGGUUUCCAGUGGCCUGCCCUCAUCUAUCGCCUUGCAAGGAGACCCGGUGGGCCUCCCAAACUGCGUAUUACAGGAAUAGAGCUUCCCCAAAGUGGUUUCCGGCCAGCAGAAAGGGUUCAAGAGACAGGUCACCGCUUGGCAAAGUAUUGUGAGCGCCAUAAUGUUCCAUUUGAGUACAUUGCCAUAGCUCAGAAAUGGGAUACCAUCCAAAUUGAUGACCUGAAGAUCAAUCACAAUGAAGCUCUUGCUGUAAACUGUCUCUUUAGGUUUAAAAAUCUGCUUGAUGAGACAGUUGUAGUUAACAGUCCCCGGGAUGCUGUUCUAAACUUAAUCAGCAAGACAAAACCAGAUAUAUUUGUCCAUGCUAUUGUCAAUGGUUCGUACAAUGCUCCUUUUUUUGUCACAAGGUUCAGGGAGGCACUGUUCCAGUUCUCUGCUUUGUUUGAUAUGUUAGAUACUACUAUGCACCUUGAAGAUAAGAUGAGGUUGAAGUUUGAAAAAGAGUUCUAUGGUCGGGAGGCUAUGAAUGUCAUAGCGUGUGAGGGCUCUGAGAGGGUCGAGAGACCUGAGACAUACAAGCAAUGGCAGGUCCGGAACACGAGAGCUGGCCUGAAGCAGCUUCCCUUAAACCCUCUUGUCAUUAAGAAAUUAAAGUGUAAGGUGAAGGCUGGGUACCAUGAAGAUUUUGUGGUCGAUGAAGAUGGCCACUGGAUGCUGCAGGGAUGGAAGGGACGGAUUGUCAAUGCAUCCUCUGCCUGGAUUCCUGCAUAG